AUGUGGCCACUAGCCGCGCAUCAUCUACAAACCUUGUCACCAAAAGUAUAUGAUACUGUGGUGUGCCCAUACCUCAAGCAUUUUGCACAGCAGGAUGCCCACCAUCGACAGUUUCCACUUCCAAUAGGCGGAACCGGGCGACUAGGUCAGCACCUGUCCAUAUAUGAAGAAGCUCUUUCACUUUCAGUCUGGGCCUUCUUUUCAAGGUCAUUCUAUUCCCUUAUCCCUGAGGCCUGUCCAUUGAAUCAGCUUCGAGGCCUGGGUAUCGUUUUCAACUGUGAUGAGAAUGCCUCCGGCCUUGGUGGUUCUUAUCAUCUUAGCAUUUACAUCCCCAGUUUCUCCGGAGAGGGUAAGUUCCAAAUUCCAAGGCACACUUCCCUUCAACAUAAAUAUAUGUUUAGCGGCGUUUUCGGAAGGCUUUUGGGGGAAGAGACUUUACAAUGUCAGCCACAGUCUUCCCUUUCAGUUGAUUGA